CAGGAAAAUGAGUAAAUGACUCGGACAUUUCGAACUCGGUCAGUGCAAGACAGAAAAAUGAGUAAAUGACUCGGACGUUUCGAACGUUUUGACCAUGAUAGGAUAAUCUGGGUAACACAUGAAACUUAACUUAGGCAAUUUAACAAGAAGCAAACUAAAAAACGGGCUAUGCAAGCAUACUUUCUACACGAGCAAGCUAGUUGAAGAUAGAGCUAAACAAGCAUGCAAAAAUCACAACUAGCACAUGUUAGAAAACGGUAAAAGUGAGAAAAGGAGGCACCCAUUUAAGUAUUUACCUAAGUUUGGAUCCAAUCAUUCCUAUCCGUCUCCGUUGACAGUCACCCCAAUCAUCACAGUUUAUCCCCUCUCUCGUGCUUCAAAAAAAAAAAAGAAAAAAAGAAAUAAAGAAAAAAAAAGUGACCGCCGGUCUUCUCCCCCGCCUCGCCGCCGCGCGCACGCAGCCGCCGGCGAACUGGCCCCGGAGGCGCCUCUUCCUUCCCAACCCCGCCCUAGCCCUUCUCCCCUGCUCGGCCUCCUCGCGCGCACGGCCGGUCGCUGGGUUUGGAGCCAGCCAGGGGGGCCGAUGCUGCCGCCUGCCGCCUCCUCGUUCGCAUCGAUUCCAAGCUUGUAGGUAGCACUUCUAAACAGUAAGGAGAUUUUGAGCUUCCCAUAGGAAGGGCAUUUUAUAAACUGGGCAGCAGACAUGUCAGGCAUCGAUGGUAACAAACCACCUUCAGAGGUUUUGAUUGAUGAGAAUGAUGACUGGGUGAUAGUCAAGAAGCAGCGAAUCACCAUCCUGAUCCCUCCACCAUCACCUGCAGCUGCAAGUCUUCAGGAUGAUAUGCAAAAAAUAAGUUCUGAACAAGCUUGUAUAGCCAAAAAGAGCAUGGAAAACUGUGAUGCUGCAAGAAAGAAGCAUCCAAAGCAGAUGACAACCAACAAAGCUCAGGAGCCACUUCUAGAGGGCAUCAAAGUUUCUGCCAACAUCAAGAAAGCUCAAGAAAUUGCUACAUCUUCUCACCAUCCUGUUGCCCCUGUUGUUAAAGCAAACCAUGCUUCCAUCCAAGGACUGUUUCAUGAGAAUAUUGAGAAAGCAGGAAAUUCGUUUGGAAACAUUUAUAAGGAAGAGCUGCCAGUUAUUUCUUCCCAAGUUACGAAUAGGAUAAUGCGAGCACGACUUCUCGAGAGACGGGUUGCUGGAUUUGGUGGGCUGAAGAAUUGGCUUUUCACUUGUGGUUUCGGAUGGUUCGUCGACAUACUGGACAGUGAAAAGCUGGGGAUGUAUCAGAUAGUUUCCCUUACAAUGAACCAGCUAAAAGAUAUGGGUCUUGAUGCUGUAGGUCCACGGAGGAAAUUGAUCCAUGCCAUUGAGUGUGUUUCCCAGCCCAACGAAUUUGAGAUGUUUUCUUGAUCUCAAGCGUCUAAUCAGUUCAUUAUAAACCACUGCUACUAUAUUUGAGAGGAAUGCCUGCAGUAGUCAGAGUUCAGGAUCUAUUUUGACCUGGCUGAAAAUGACACCAGUUCUGGGGGUUUUGGAAGUAGAAAAUUAGAAGCAACAGACAGUUCGACCUAUAUUAGAAAAUGCUUAUGAGAUGAUCCCUGUAAAAAUAUUUUGCAUCUGAGAUGUUCAGUUGCACUACUAUUUUGCAUGAGAGUUCUUUAAUGGAAUUGCUAACUUCAUGCGACAGAAAUUAAGGGGGAUUUCUAUCGAAUUUUGGACCGCUAGAUCCGUGCUAAAAUUCGUGCCAACCUCCUCCAUCUUAGGUGAAUCGAGGCAGCUCUGGGGAGGUGGCAGUGGCCCUGAACAGUUAGGGUUUUGGGCUGCGGUCAAGGUGGGAGGGGGAUGGGGAAGGGGGAAGAGAGAUGUUUUCUCAUGGUUUAGAGGGAUGGCCGUGGGCGGCGAAGGUCUGGUAGUGUGUGGUGGACUCGUUGGCCGGUGGAGGGUGGACCUCCAGCAGGGUGCAAUGGACUUGGGCGGCUGGCGGAGGAACGCUGUUCGUGCCAACUGGCUUGCCGGUGAGGCACCGAGGCCAGGCAGCGGCGUGCUGGAGGAGGCGAGCGUGGCGCUUGUGCGUGCG